AUCAAUCCAGAUUACACCGAUUACAGAUAAGUACACUCAGACACCUUCCACUUGAUACACCCUUGACUUCCCGCUGCCUUCCCGGGCCCACCACUCGUUCUCUGGACUCCGCUGUGAUGAAGACUGCUCUGCUCCUGCUGCUCUUCCUCUCUCUGGCAUGCAACACUGUUCUCUGUUGCUCUCCCUGUGAAGGCCACGCCCUGAAAUGCCACACGUGCGCAGCAUCCAGCGAGGACGACUGCAACAAACAGGGCUCCACCGUGUGUCCACAGUACGCUGACGCCUGCGCCACCAUCACCGGAACCAACGCCGUGCUCAAGUCAUGCACCUACAAGGCUUUCUGCGACAAAGCACGCGACAGCAGCUCGGCAGCCAAGAUGGAGUGCUGCUUUGGGGACAAUUGCAACGGGCCCCACAAGAGCCACAGCCACUGGGAUCAGCACCAGCGCAGCAGCGCCGUGGUGGCGACCUCCAACCCCGUCCUGCUGUUCAGCGCUCUGCUGCUGCUGCGUCUCGGCUGCAGCCAGAUGUGAAGCGCAACACUACUGUUUGUCCUGACUGAGAUUAAAGGCGUCAUUUCCAAUCAAUUGAAAAAGGACCUUUGGCACCGCUGGGCUCCCAGUGCACUGCAACAGUCGUAAAUCCUAUAACAGCUACUGUGAUAAGAACCAAAGAUACGACUCAGAUUUAUGUUUAAACAUGUUUUUUAGACCUUUUAAGAAAGUGAUUUUAGAAGGUUCAAUAAAGGUUGACCCUACUCGA